AACAUUUGCUGUUGCCUUAACUGGUGAUAUUUGCAAAAUGUACAGAUGUGUACGAGUCUCGGAGGAUGACUCCUACUUGCAGUGCGUAUUGUGGCGCGAUACUUCACAACAUGAAGUUCAAGUUUUUAAACUUGGUACAGUAACUUAUGGUACUCGACCGGCUGCAUUUUUAUCAGUGCGAGCAAUGCAUCAAUUAGCCUCUGACGAGCAGAAGCUGUUUCCUGUUGGAGCUGAAAUUUUGCGGCGAGACUUUUAUGUCGACGAUCUUAUUACAGGUGGGGAUUCUGUCCAAGAAGUCAGAGAGAUCAUGAAUCAAAUUACUAAUAUGUUGGCGAAGGGUUGUUUUAAAUUGCGGAAAUGGUGCACUAAUAAUGUGGAUCUGCUUCAAGGUAUACCAAGCGAAGAUACCGAACCUCUCUUGAGCUUCGAUGAUGGAAGCAAUGUCACUAAGACGCUUGGUCUUACUUGGGACCCAGCCUCUGAUAGCCUACUUUUCGUAUUUACACCCACAGCCACAGCAAAGAGGAAUUGCAAAAGAUCGAUUUUAUCAAUAAUUGCUCGUUUUUACGACCCAUUGGGGCUUAUUGGUCCCAUUAUUUCGAAAGCAAAGAUUUUUCUUCAGCAUCUUUGGAGGGAGCAACUCGACUGGGAUGAAAGUUUGCCCUCAUCGUUAGAUUCAUCAUGGAAUAGUUUAUACUCAGAUCUUGUUCGCAUACCGAAACUUAGUUUUCCUCGGCUGUCUAUCCUGCCAAAAGGUGUGGUCGAGGUUCAUGGCUUCAGCGAUGCUAGCGUUCAGGCUUAUGGAGCCUGUGUAUACGUAGUAUCCGACAAUGGAAUCGAGAGGCAGGUGCAUUUACUUUGCUCCAAGUCGCGUGUAGCACCCCUCAAAACUCUUACAAUACCGAAGCUAGAGCUUUGUGGAGCAGCACG